ACAAAAUGGCGGGCGACAGUUGAGCUGCAGCCAAAAAGAUUGUCAUGCUUGUAAAAGCGUAUUUUGGAAGGUUUGGAAAAGUCUGUCAACAUGACCACUGAGAGUGUUGUAGAAAGCCCACAACUCAGACUAUCAAGAGUUACGUCUGUAAAUGAUGAAGAUUAUGCCUCUCUUCAUUGGCCAAAGCUAGAAGGUGCGAUUCAAUUAAUAUUACAACAGAAUCCUGGCGAAUUUAUUCCGAUUUCGUACGAAGAAAUGUACAGCACUGUGUACAAGUGUGUGUGCCAACAAUAUGCCGAUAAAAUGUACUGCAACCUUAUUGAACUUGUAACUUCCUAUCUCAAACGUGUUGCAGAAGAACUACAGGUAAAUAACUGUUUACAAAACCGAUUUUAUGUUAUACCAAAGCUUCACACUGAUUUGAAGACAGAACUGUGGAAACUCUUCACAAAUCUUGUUGCUGACAAUACAUUACUCUUUGAAGUGAUCGAGCAGGUGUCGUCCAGGCCAUUUGGGGUGGACCCACAGGUCAUGAUGUCCAUUAUCAAAGGACUCUACUCACUGAAACCAGAAUUUUCUACACGCAAUCCAGUAUUGUUUGCAAGAUUCAUUCCCAACCUUUUGCCUCCAACACAAUGUGAUCAACUACCAAGUAUAAUUCAAGAGGACCGUUUGUUACAAGAGAACCUGGUAACUAGUCAGGGCUUCACUAGGGAAGACACAGGCAAGAAAAGAAGAGGUGAAGAUUUUCACGGCAGAUAAAAAGAUAAUCAAAUGAGCGAACUCGAAUAUAUCUGGAGGCGGAUGAACGUCGAGAAGGGAACUGGGACUAAGAAGGAAAUAACCAGCUGUCCCUUGCAUGUUCAUGCCAUAUCAGCGGAUUCACCCAUGGAAGGGACGAUUCAGUGUAGCAUAUACUAAGACUUCAGUGCAAACAUUAUGGUAGUUGAAAUCUUUUUUAUUGGUUAAUACACAAGAGGUCAAACAUGUCGUUUUCUGCCCCUUGCAUGGCCCCUCUUCCAAGCAAAAAUAUUUCCUUAAUCAUCCAGAACGAUGGAGACCUGUUUGAGACGUUUUUGAAUAAUUUUCUUAAGCAGAAGCCUGAAUCUUUUUUAUUCUCCUUACUAGCUGUGAAGAUUCCUGUUAAUGUUUGAUUUGAGAAUUUGGUUUCACAUCAGCGUGCCGAGGUAAAGUGCGAAUUAAGUACGGGUUGCGAAAUAAUGCUUUGCAAUGUGGAUGAAUGAAGUAUGUUGGUGAACAAUAGACUAACAAUGAGAUGAAUUUGUAAAAAAAAUGAAA